AUGUCGGACCUGCAGAAGUCCAUGUCAGACACCUUGUCGGAUAAGCCCAACGCCUCCGAGAUUGAAAAGGCCGAGGGGACUAUUCCCAUUGACACGGUUCACAAUGACGAGGCCAUGAAAGUGCUCGCCAACUACAGCGGCGAUGAGUCCUGGACAGAAGAAGAAGAGACCAAGGUCAAGCACAAGAUUGACCGGAAGCUGCUCCCAUUGCUGUGCUUGACCUACGGGUUGCAGUAUUACGACAAGGCCAUGCUCUCUCAAGCUGCAAUUUUUGGCCUCCGUGAGGACUUGAAGCUCAUGGUUGGUAAUCGUUACUCCUUCUCCGCGGCCAUUUUCUACCUAGGCUUUAUCGUGGGAGCGUAUCCUGCCAUGGUCUUGGCCCAAAGAUUCCCAAUUGAGCGCGUUGCUUCCAUCAUUGUGGCCCUGUGGGGGAUAUGUCUCAUUCUCACCCCAGCUUGCCAUAACUACCAGUCUCUGUAUGCGCAGAGAUUCUUCUUGGGGCUGCUGGAGAGUGGCGUUAGUCCCAUGUUCAUGAUCAUUGUGGGUGGCUGGUAUAAGAAGGAUGAACAGGCCCUGCGCAUGGGGGCUUGGUAUUGCUGCACAGGCUACGUCUCCAUUUUCUCCCCUCUAAUCAACUACGGCCUGGGCCACAUCAAAGGCGCGCUCUCGCCAUGGAAGUAUAUGUAUCUCGUCUCCGGAUCCAUCACUAUCCUCUGGGCUAUAGUGAUCAUUUUCUUCCUCCCCCCGGACCCCAUCCGCGCCAAAGGCUUUAGCGAGCGCGAGCGCUACAUCUGCGUCGCCCGUAUGCGCAGCAACAACUCCGGGGUCCGCAACACCCACUACAAGAAAGGGCAGGUGUGGGAGCUGCUGCUCGACGUCAAGUUCUGGCUGAUCUUCUUCACGGCCUUCUUCUGCAUGAUCGGCAACGGCCCCGUGUCCACCUUCACGCCCAUCAUCAUCAACGGCCUCGGCUUCAACACGCUCACCUCUCUGCUGCUGGUCAUGCCGGCUGGUUUUUAUGCGGGGACGCAGCAGCUCCUCGUUCCAUGGGCUGCAUACAAGUGGGCUAGAUAUGGUAUCCGCUCGUGGCUCGUGGCGGGCUGUCAGCUUGUCACGACUCUUGCCUCGCUGCUGCUGCUCCUGCUGCCCAUGUCGGCGAAGGGGGGGAUGCUGUUCGCUUGCUAUAUCCUGCCGUCUCUGGGAGGGGCGUAUGCGGUGCUCAUGGGCUUGCAGAUUGCGAAUAUUGCGGGAUACACUAAGCGGACGGUUGCUUCGUCAGGGAUCUACAUUGGGUAUUGUCUGGGAAACUUUGUUGGGCCGCUCGUCUUUGAAGAGAAAGAUGCGCCACGCUAUGUUCCGGGAUUCAUUGUGUGUGUGGUCACAUCCGUGCUCGCCGCGGUGCUCGUCAUCGUCUACCGCUAUGUCUGUCUCUGGGAUAAUCGGAAACGAGAUGAGAGUGGGAUUGCAGAGGGCUUUGGGAAUGCUUACCAGGAUGAUUUGACUGAUAAGACGGUAUAUCGUGUGAAUUGA